UUUGUAUUGCAUCAGGCCUCCUCUUCCUCUUGUCUUCCAUCCCCACCACGCGUGCGAGACGAGACCAGCGCGACGACGGCCAUGGCCGCGGCGGCGACGGCGGCGGGGGACGAGGAGUUGGAGUCGCUGCUGCGAAACUUCCACCGCUUCUCCCAGGGGUACAAGGAUGCACUUGUGGAGGCCCAGGCUUUAAGGGUGAACUGCAGCUCUGAAUCCGAGAGGCGUCAGGCUCUCGAGUCGCACGUUGCAGAUCUCAAGAGUGAUAAUGAGCGAUUGAGAAGGCUGUAUACUGAAACUUUGUUCAAGUUCACCAAUCAGAUGAAAUUUCACACAGAGUCUCGUAAUCUGAAGGAAGAACUGGAAAAGGCAAACACGAGAUUGCUAUCCAUGGAAGAGGAGUAUAAGAGGGAAAUCGAACAACUUAAGCUUGGCAGUGAAAUGAACAGCAAUGACCUGGAGAACAAGCUCAGCUGCGCUGUUGUUCAGCAAGCAACCAAUGAAGCUGUGAUAAAGCAACUCAAUCUGGAACUGGAAGCUCAUAAAGCUCACAUUGACAUGCUAAAUAGCAGGUUGGAGCAGGUUACUGCUGAUGUGCACCAGCAGUAUAAAAACGAGAUCCAGGAUCUGAAGGAUGUAGUCAUUGUUGAACAGGAGGAGAAAAAUGACAUGCAUAGGAAGCUUCAGAAUACUGAAAAUGAAUUGAGGAUCAUGAAGAUGAAGCAGGCAGAGCAGCAAAGGGAUUCCAUCUCGGUCCAGCACGUGGAGACACUGAAGCAGAAGGUGAUGAAGUUCCGGAAGGAGAACGAGUCCCUAAAGCGGAGGCUGGCGAUCUCUGAACUUGACUGCUCAUGAGAGAAUGAACCAAUUCCCCUCUUCCUUUGAUGCUCUCACGCACUGUACGUACCACCAAACCAUCAGAGGCUAGAAAAUUAGAUCAUUUGGCUGGCUGCAAGUCCCACAUGUUCACUGGGUUGAUCUAGGACUGCACAUUCUUCAGUUAAAAUGAAUGCAACCAAUUCAGUCA